CGGGUCUGGCGUUUGGGACAUGCAUGCCGGGGGCUUCAGGAGGGCUCCGCGGGGCUGGCAGGUUUGCCCUGGACUUGGGGGCGGCUGUGUUCGUGCAGGGAGGCGCGAGAGGACAUGGGCUCGGAGAGCAGGGGGUGGUGGACUGCCCCCUCAGGCUCUGGUCGGCUUCUCCCCUUUGGUGGACGCCCGGGGCCCUAGGUCAGGCGGGGGGAGUCCGAGCAGCCGGUGACUGUGUGGUUGGGGGGAGGGGCACAUGGCGCCCGCUGUCUCCACCAUCUCCACAGCGCAGUUCCUCGGCCUCCUGCGACUCUCUCUGUCAGCGUCUUCAGUGUUCCUGGGGGCGCUCCUCCCUGAGUUGUCCCUGCUACUCCCUGAGGUGCGGCUGCAUCUCCUCAGGGGCCGCCUUCUGCCGCUUGGCCUUCCGCCUGCGCAGGCCUCUCAGGCGCGCCUUGUGGAGCGCGAGCCGCGGCUGCGGUCGGUGGUCACCAUCUUGCUACUUGUUGUUGCGUUUCCCGGAGGAGAGGCUUCCGCCGGCGGCUGCGGCUCAGUGCGCACGCUGCCCUGGUCGUCGCCGAGGGCUUUGCUGCCAUACCACACAGUGGCUGCAUUCCGAGAGCGCGCGUUCCUAGAAGGAUUGCGUUUUGAGUUCCAUCGCUGAAUUGGAAUGUCCUAGAUCUUCAGAGCCACAGGACAGAAAGACCCUGAGUGCAAAAAGACACCCCCUGAGCACAAAUGCACUGAACUGUUACCUUGGUAUUUAUUUGACACCAACUAGCAUUAACUUAGGUAUAACCUAUCAGGGAAAAAAAUGAGUAAAAGCAAGAAUAAAUGAAGUGGAGAUCAGUUUCCAGCAGGCACUUUCAUCUAAUAAAACAGAUACCUUCUAAAUUUGAA